AUGCUCUACCCGGACGCCCCAGAGCGUCGCGAUGCUCUUCCCAGCCGCCCCAGAGCGUCGAAAUGCUCUCCCCGGACGCCCCAGAGCGUCACGAUGCUCUCCCUGGACGCCCCAGAGCGUCGCGAUGCUCUCCCCGGACGCCCCAGACGUCGCGAUGCUCUCCCCAAACGCCCCAGAGCGUCGCGAUGCUCUCCCUGGACGCCCCAGAGCGUCGCGAUGCUCUCCCUGGACGCCCCAGAGCGUCGCGAUGCUCUACCCGGACGCCCCAGAGCCUUGCGAUGCUCUCCCCAAACGCCCCAGAGCGUCGCGAUGCUCUACCCGGACGCCCUAGUGCAUCGCGAUGCUCUACCCGGCCGCCCUAGUGCAUCGCGAUGCUCUCCCCAGCCGCCCCAGAGCGUCGCGAUGCUCUCCCCGGACGCCCCAGAGCGUCGCGAUGCUCUCCCUGGACCCCCAGAGCGUCGGGAUGCUCUCCCUGAACGCCCCAGAGCGUCGCGAUGCUCCCCCCGGACGCCCCAGAGCGUCGCGACGCUCUCCCCGGACGCCCCAGAGCGUAGCGAUGCUCUCCCCGGACGCCCCAGAGCGUCGCGGUGCUCUCCCCGGACGCCCCAGAGGGUCGCGAUGCUCUCUGGACGCCGUAGAGCGUCGCUAUGCUCUCUCCGGACGCCCCAGAGCGUCGCGAUGCUCUCCCCGGACGCCCCAGAGCAUCGCGAUGCUCUCACCGGACGCCCCAGAGCGUCGCAAUGCUCUCUCCGGACGCCACAGAGCGUCGCGAUGCUCUCCCCGGACGCCCCAGAGCGUCGCGAUGCUCUACCCGGACGCCCCAGAGCGUCACGAUUCUCUCCCCAGCCGCCCCAGAGCGUUGUGAUGCUCUCCCCGGACACCCCAGAGCGUCGCGACGCUCUCCCCGGACGCCCCAGAGGACCGCGAUGCUCUCCCCAGACGCCCCAGAGCGUCGCGAUGCUCUCCCCGGACGCCCCAGAGCGUCGCGAUGCUCUCCCCGGACGCACCAGAGCGUCGCUAUGCUCUCCCCGGACGCCCCAGAGCGUCGCGAUGCUCUCCCCGGACGCCCCCGAGCAUCGCGAUGCUCUCCCCGGACGCCCCAGAGCGUCGCGAUCCUCUCCCCGGACGCCCCAGAGCGUCGCGAUGCUCUCCCCGGACGCCCCAAAGCGUUGCGAUGCUCUACUCGGAUGCCCCAGAGCGUCGCGAUGCUCUCCCAAGCCGCCCCAGAGCGUCGCGAUGCUCUCCCCGGACGCCCCAGAGCGUCGCGAUGCUCUCCCCGGACACCCCAGAGCGUCGCGAUGCUCUCCUCGGACGCCCCAGAGCGUCGUGAUGCUCUCCCCGGACACCCCAGAGCGUCGCGAUGCUCUCCCCGGACGCCCCAGAGCAGCGUCGCGAUGCUCUCCCUGGACGCCCCAGAGCGUCGCGAUGCUCUCCCGGACGCCCCAGAGCGUCGCGAUGCUCUCCCCGGACACCCCAGAGCGUCGUGAUGCUCUCCCCGGACGCCCCAGAGCGUUGCGUUGCUCUCCCCGGACGCCCCAUAGCGUCGCGAUGCUCUCCCCGGACGCCCCAGAGCGUCGCGAUGCUCUCCCCGGACGCCCUAGAGCGUCGCGAUGCUCUCCCGGACGCCCCAGAGCGUCGCGAUGCUCUCCCCGGACACCCCAGAGCGUCGUGAUGCUCUCCCCGGACGCCCCAGAGCGUUGCGAUGCUCUCCCCGGACGCCCCAUAGCGUCGCGAUGCUCUCCCCGGACGCCCCAGAGCGUCGCUAUGGUCUCCCCUGACGCCCCGGAGCGUCGUGAUGCUCUCGCGGACGCCCCAGAGCGUCGCGAUGCUCUCCCCGGCCGCCCCAGAGCGUCGCGAUGCUCUCCCCGGACGCCCCAGAGCGUCGCGAUGCUCUCCCCGGACGCCCUAGAGCGUCGCGAUGCUCUCCCGGACGCCCCAGAGCAUCGCGAUGCUCCCCUCGGACGACCCAGAGCUUCGCGAUGCUCUUCCCGGACGCCCCAGAGCGUCGCGAUGCUCUCCCCGGACGCCCCAGAACGUCGCGAUGCUCUCCCCGGACGCCCCAGAGCGUCGCGAUGCUCUCCCCGGACGCCCCAAAGCGUCGCAAUGCUCUCCCUAGCCGCCCCAGAGCGCCGCGAUGCUCUCCCCGGACCCCCCAGAGCGUCGCGAUGCUCUCCCCGGACGCCCCAGAGCGUCGCGAUGCUCUCCCCGGACGCCCCAGAGCGUCGCGAUGCUCUCCCCGGACACCCCAGAGCGUCGCGACGCUCUCCCCGGACGCCCAAGAGCGCCGCGAUGCUCUCCCCGGACGCCCCAGAGCGUCGCGAUGCUCUCCCCGGACGCCCCAGAGCGUCGCGAUGCUCUCCCCGGACGCACGAGAGCGUCGCUAUGCUCUCCCCGGACGCCCCAGAGCGUCGCGAUGCUCUCCCCGGACGCCCCCGAGCAUCGCGAUGCUCUCCCCGGACGCCCCAGAGCGUCGCGAUCCUCUCCCGGACGCCCCAGAGUGCGCGAUGCUCUCCCCGGACGCCCCAGAGCGUUGCGAUGCUCUACCCGGAUGCCCCAGAGCGUCGCGAUGCUCUCCCAAGCCGCCCCAGAGUGUCGUGA